GCAGUGCACAUCAGAGCUCAUCGGUAGAGUUUCUAUAUAAAUCCCAACCAGCAAGCGGCUAACUAACCCGGAAAGAGAGAGAGAGAUGGAGGAGAAGAAACCGCACUUCGUCUUGGUCCAUGGAUCCUGCCAUGGUGCUUGGUGUUGGUUCAAGCUGGCUUCCUUGCUGAGAAAGGCCGGCCAUGAGGUGAGCGUCAUCGAUCUGAAAGCGUCCGGCAUCCAUCCGGCGAUGCCCGAUCAGGUGGUCAGCGUUGCCGACUACAGUCAGCCUCUGUUGGACCUACUCGACUCCAUUGCCGCCGAUGAAAGGGUGGUGUUGGUCGGCCACAGCUUCGGUGGCUUCAGCAUAGCCCUUGCGGCGGACAAGUUCCCAGCCAAAGUCUCUGUUGCCGUCUUUCUUGCCGCCUUUAUGCCCCAUCCUUCCAUCUCACCUUCACAUAUUCUACACAACUACUUUGUUGAGAAGGGUGGCGUAGACUCGGAGCAGAUAUCUACCGACGAUCACAGCAAGCCCACUAUCCCCACCACAAUUCAGUUUGACGCUGAACUCAUGCGCUCCCGCUUCUACAACAACUGCUCCUAUGAGGACUAUACUUUAGCAACAAGCCUAGUGAGAGCAGCGCCCUUCUACAGAGAUGAUUUAUCGAGACAUGAUUUUGUUUCGGAGGGGAACUAUGGGCGUACAAAGCGGGUUUAUGCGGUGUGCAAAGAUGAUCAAGCGAUCAAAGAGAGCUUCCAGCGCUGGAUGAUAGAGACGAGCCCUGUGGAUGAGGUGGUGGAGAUUGAGGGAGCCGAUCACAUGGCCAUGCUCUCGAAGCCCCAUGAACUUUGCUCCCACCUCCUCAAGAUCGCUGAAUCUUACGAUUAAUGUUCUUAAAGCCAAGUUAGUUCUACUGAAUAUUUGCACGUAAAUCCUUGAAUUGCCCUGCAGCAACUACUUUGUGAGUUUCCUUAGCUGGUUUAUAAGACCAAUUUGAAUUACAUGUUGAUGCAGAAAUGUUUGGGAAAAACUGAUGAAAUAAAGAUGAUGCUUAAUUGUGUACA